GAAUGUUAAAAUAUAACUAAAAUGAAGGGGAGAGGGUUACAGAGGAGUAGGGGGAAAUCACGGGAAUCCAUGGAAUCUCUUAUGGACGAACAGUGUCGGGGGAAAUCACAGGAAUCCAUGGAAUCUCUGAAGAACGCUCAGGAACAAUCAUGUAGAAAAUACUUUAUAUGCAAACAGUAUCUAGUCUCAAAUAAAUUAACGAACGAGGAUGAUAACAUCGAGAAUAGCAUGCAUUCAAGUCACAAAAUAUUACCUCACAACUCCGAACAAUCUGAUACAAAUAAUAAUUUGCGCAUGCUGGCAAACCUAAGAACCAAUAUCGCGGACAAGAAAAGAAAAGAGAUUAAUUACAGAUUCAGAGAUUCAAUAUUUUACACAGGAGAUGCGCAGGGUUCAAAAUUUAACACAGGAGAUGUGCAUGUGUCAAAAUUUAACGCUGGAGAUGCCCUUCAUUCAAAAUCAAACGCGGGACAUGCGCACGAUUCAAAAUUCAAUAUGGAAGGUGCGCAAAAUUUAUCAAACAGCUCUCUAGAUGAACCUGAAAAUGAGUUUGAUGAAGGAAGUGAGUACUCGAAAGUUCGAAUGUAUGGAGGAGGCCCAGGAGGACGAAGAAAUCUUCAUCCAAUAGAACUAAAGCUCACGGUUAUAGAGAAGAUUGAGCAAGGGCAGAUGGAGGGGAGGAAAAUAUCAGAUGUUGCCAAGGAAAUGUCUUUAACUGAAGGCUUGGUUUCCUCCUGGUGGCUUCAGAGAGCUGAAAUAUUAGAAAAAUCUGAGAUAAUGGUAGCUAAAGCCUUGAAGAAGAUGAACUAUGAAGAAAAUGAUGAUUUAAAAACAUACGUUGUUGCUAAACCAAAAGUGCCAAAGAAGAAACCGGUUGUCAAACCUUCAACUGUGAGUAAAUCUGUGAAUGAGGAAACUAUUUCCGGAGAUAUAGUUGGUUGUAGGAAUGUCUGGGAGGAGUUGGGAAUAUCCCCACCAACUCAAAAGGCAAUGUCCUACCGUAACGAGCUUAACACAAAAAAGCGCAAGGCUGGAAGUAAGGAAACCCAAUCUAAGAAGAGAAGAAAGAGCUCUGGAAGUAGAACCUCUGAAGGGAAUGGAGGUGAGGUAGAGAGUGAUGUAAGCAGUGGUCAUUAUGAACCAACUUCACAGCAUAGGAGGGUCCCCACUGUCUGUUCUAAUGAGAAAUGGAAGGCUAAACUGAUCCUUAAGGAUCCCAUUGAAGGAUCAAGGAAAAGAGGAAAGCAAAAGUUAAGUUCUAUUUCUGCAUCCAAAUCAAGAUCAAGCUCUCAAGCACAGUCAAGAUCCAGCUCUCCUGCACAGUCAAGAUCCAGCUCUCGUGCACAGUCAAGAUCCAGCUCUCGUGCACAGUCAAGAUCCAGCUCUCGUGCACAGUCAAGAUGUAGCUCCAGAGCUAAGUCAAGAUUUAACUCGGGAGAAAGUACCGCUAGCUCUUAUUCAAGUAGUUCAUCUCACACCUGGGCUGUGAAAAUGAUCUCUGGUCCUGGACAGUUUCCAGAUAAACCUGGAGAAUGCACCUCAGGAUCAGCUCUAGGGCUAAGAGUAGAUACGUCAACGCCAAAUAGUCUGUCAAGAGACAGCAGUCCUGAGCCGGAUCCUGGAGAAGUGAAUGUAGAGGAAACUACUGUGAUACUUUCUCCUCCUCAAACACAUCCAUCUAAACCGGUCAAUCUUGCUGCUGUUGACAACUCUUUUAACUUCUCAAUGGAGUCUUUGCUGAAUCCUUCUCAACAGUCAGAUUCUACUUAUCUUCCAUUCUCACCUACUGCUGGAGUUUCUCCUCCAUGUUCAACUACUGUAAGAGCUACUCCACCAUUUUCAUAUACUGCUAGCGCUACUCCUCUAUCUUCAACUGCUGUUGGAGCUACUCCUGUAUGCUCAACUAUUACUAGCUCUUCUCUUCCAUGUUCACCUACUGCUAGCGCCACUCUUCCUUGUUUAACUGCAGCUGUUGAAACUCAGACCACUGAAGCUCGGCCAACCUCCAUGACCUCUACUGUGGUAUCAACUGAAGCAGUCCACCUAAGAACCGGGACACCAGACCUAGAUUAUAUUUUAGAAGAAUUACCAAGAACUCCAAAGAAAAAAAGUCCGAUUGUCAAAGUUUUCAGCACGUAUUUAACUCCUGCUAAGAUUAAGAAGGAGGAGUGUUCCCCAGCAGUUGCUCCUAAACCUGGAGCUCAGGUUGAGGAUCCAGUUGAACCUGUUGAUCCUGUCUUCAACUUCCUGGAGAGGGUGGGAGGGGUUGAGGAGGAGGAGGAUGGAGAUGGGGAUGAUACUUCAGAUGUAAAUAUUGUAACUUUACCUCAAGAUGAGAGUCAAACUGUGUUUGAUAACUAUGAUGCAGUUAUUUUUGAAAGUAGUGGAGAGAAAGCUGUGAGCCCCCCUCAGUAUCCUUUGGCUUUAUAUAAACUUGAACCGGAUAUAACUGGGCCUAACUCUCAGACCCUUCCUGUUAUUCCCUCAAUCCAACCAAACUUUGAUAUCGCACAGACCAGCCCUAUCAACUAUAAGAAGGAAGGUUCAAGUAUCCCCGCCUCUGUGGGUGUCAAACUAAAGAAUUUACCUGGAAUAAGGAUUAUUCCUCCGUUUGAGACUGGAUAUCAGGGUUCCAAAGUUCCCAGCCAGACCAGAUCCUAUGCGAGUUCCUCAAGUGAUGUGAUCCUUGUUCCUCAGCCCCGGACUGAUCAAGAUACUAGUCUAGAUAUUGUUGAAUAUGAUCCUGAUCCUGAUCCUACCCAAGCUGUUCAGUAUCUGCCACAGUCCAGGGAUUCCAGUGCUGUAACAAUCAGUGAGUUUACAUUGAACGCUCAAGAUGAUGAAGAUGAUAUUCAAGUUCUUGAUAAUGAUGUUGAGUUUCUCUCUGAUAAUAUUGAUUUGUACAAUUAUCCUUCCCUUGAUUCUUAUUCUUCAAACCAGAGGACAUCUGAGUACACUAUGCAGGCCAGUUCUGUGCAGUACACACAAGCUGUUGGUACAGUUCGUCGACCUAUUCCAGUCCGGACUCGUCCAGGCCGAGGCUCACGUAGUUCCAGAACUCAAUCUUAUCCAGGACCCCAAGGUAACCCACGGGGACUUGGUGUACAGCGAUCUCUGGGACCAAGGAUACCCGGAGAAGUUGGACCUAGUAGAGGAAACAAAUCGAAUCACAUGAUGAGCGGGUUCCCCGUGAGGUGUGACGUAUCUCGAAGUGGUGGCCGGGGGUUAAGGGGAUCACCAAGAGGCUCAUCCUCCAGAGGAACUCCUAUCAGAGGAUGCACACCCAAUAGAGGAUAUUUACCGGGUAGAGGAUCGUCCUCACUUAGAGGAUCUCCUACUGUCAGGUCAUCCCCUCCGGUCAGUUCAUCUCCUUCGGUCAGAGCAUCUCCUCCGGUCAGAGGUUCUCCCUCUGUUAGAGGUUCUCAGAUAGUCUCAAGAGGAACCAGGGGUUCUCCUAGAGCCAGAGCUUCGGUUGUUAAGCCGGGACAGGGUCAGCGUGGCGAACACAUCACUCAAACUAAUAGUAGAAGAGGAGGAGCUAGCUCCAAGUCUAAGGAACUACAUCAUAUUCCGAACCAGAUAUUUCCGGUCAACUCUGACGGGCGAGGAGAGGGUGCUCCCAACUCAUUUAAACCAAACAGAAACGCGAAUUCUUCACUAGCUGCAGGAUAUGAAACCUCUGGGGAAAUGUACCCGCAACAAAACUAUGGUUACGCCCAGGUUGAAAAGCAUCAGGAUUAUGUAGAACCAGUGCAACACUUUCAACAGCAUUCUCAACCUAGCUACCCUUCGAACCUUCAUCAGACAAAUGCGUCAUACGGAUAUACGCAGAGUAGACAUCCUAGCCAGUAUUCACAGUCCACACAGCAAUACGGAAGUACCAAUCAUGAUUCCUCUGGUGGAUUUUCUCAACCUGUGUCCUCUAACAUGCACGGAUAUGAAUCCUACACCCAACCUAACCUAGCUCCGCAACCCAACCUUCAAGGGUAUGAAUCCUACACACAACAUGUUCCAACUCCGCAACCUCAACCUGUUGAAUCAAGACAGAGAGUUUCUCUGCAGGUUACACCAGAUCAGCUCGACGUUCUCAAAUCUUUGGGAAUUAUAUAAUUUAAUUCGAACUUAACCAAGAUUGCGCGAAAAUUUAAAUACUUGAAAUAUUCAUUCAGAAUAGUAAUUUUUCAAUUUUUGAUUUACUUUGUUAACAUUGUUAUGAAAAUUAGAUGUAUUGUUAUGAAGAUAUGUGUCAUUAUGUAAAUUUUACAUAUUAAACAAACAAAUAUUGGUGACAUACUUUUCAGAAA